GUGCUCCAUUUAAGAGAGAAUGAACUGAUUUACUUUAUAACAAAAAAGAAAGAAUGAACUGACUGUGACUUCCAGUUGUCUGCUGCUUGAUGAUUUGAGUAAGGGUUCUUAGGUAGUGGAGAAACAGUUAUGACAUUUUCUUAAGUAUUGGCAGUCCUAUUAGCUUAAACAUUUUAUGUUUUAUUGGUUACAUUCAACAGUUAUGUAAACACAUUGCUCUUAUCCAUAUUUAUUUUUGUAGAUUCUAUUUCCUUUAUUUAGGCUAAGCCGUUUUUCUGGAGUUGGAUUCGUAAAUUCUAUUAUUUUAUUGGAGCUACUGCUUAUGACCAUGAUGGAGUAAUUGCACAGAUUUGGUUCUGGCCUUGGAUGCUGGUUUUGCAGAAAAUAUACUUGACUAUAAUUUCAGAAUCUCUUUUUGAAGGACUCCACAGUCUACUUACCAUAAAAAAUUGAGGAUCUAAGUGUGUUCAGAUCAUGGAGAUGGUUCUCCAGAUGUUGUGAUGGAGAAUCAGAUUUUCCGCUAUGCCAAGGCUCUUUUAUGCGCGAAUUGGAAACUGAUUAUGUGGGGCAGGAAAAUCUUUUUCAUUAUUUUUUACAUGUAAUAAUUUUUUAUAAAAUGGGCAAUAAGGGCUGCGAUCCUAGUAGACGGGAUGUGUACAAACCUAAAAGCAAAACUAACAUCUCAGAUUCAAAACUUAAAAUAGCUCUAAACAGAUUUGGAGUACCUUUUUUUGUUACUGUUGAUGAAAAAUAAUUCACUAUUAUUACAGUGCAUUCAUGCAGCUAGAUUCAGAUUGAAUGGACAUAGAGGGAACGGGGUCUAUUUCAGUUUUAUUCCAAUGUUUACCUACUUGGUCUGCAUGAUUGAUUGUUAUACUGUUCGAGGUGCUCUAGAAACUCUUGUAGGUGCCCUGACUCCUAUUGAGCAUGCAAAAGGGUCAAAGAAUGAGGUUCAACCAGCUUUAAUGAAUACUGAUUUGCUUUCCAGAGAAGCGGAUAGCAUUUCUCUUCUUCUAAGUUUGUUGUCGGAGGAGGAUUUCUAUGUGCGAUAUUAUACUCUUCAACUUUUGACAGCACUCCUCACAAAUUCUACCAAUAGGCUACAGGAAGCCAUUCUUACCAUUCCACGCGGUAUAACUCGGCUGAUGGAUAUGCUAAUGGAUCGUGAGGUUAUUCGAAAUGAGGCGUUAUUGUUACUUACUUAUUUAACCCGUGAAGCCGAGGAGAUUCAAAAAAUUGUGGUCUUUGAAGGUGCAUUCGAGAAGAUUUUCAGCAUCAUCAAAGAGGAAGGAGAUUCAGAGGGUGGUGUCGUUGUGCAGGACUCUCUUGAAUUGUUGAACAAUCUUCUCCGCAAUAAUGCAUCUAAUCAGAUACUAUUGAGGGAAACUAUGGGAUUUGACCCCUUAUUAUCAAUUUUGAAGCUACGGGGAAGUACUUACAGUUUCACUCAACAAAAGACAAUUAUUCUCCUCAGUGCAUUAGAGACCAUUAAUUUGUUAAUGGUUGGAGGUCCGGAGACUGAUCCUGGAAAAUAUGCGAAUAUGCUGACAAAUAAAACCACUCUGGUUCAGAAAAAAAUAUUGGAUCAUCUUCUGAUGUUGAGUGUUGAAAGCCAGUGGGCACCAGUAGCUGUCCGUUGCAUGGCAUUACGAUGCAUUGGUGAUCUGAUUGCUGGACAUCCCAAGAAUAUUGAUAUCCUUGCAAGCAAAGUUCUUGGAGAGGAACCUCAAGUAGAACCUGCUAUGAAUUCAAUUCUUCGAAUCCUUUUGCGGUCGUCUAGUAUGCAAGAGUUUGUUGCGGCGGAUUAUGUUUUUAAGAACUUUUGUGAGAAAAAUGCCGAUGGCCAAACAAUGUUAGCAUCCACAUUGAUUCCUCAACCACAUUCAAUGACUCAUGAUCCCCUUGAGGAGGAUGUGAACAUGUCAUUUGGAAGCAUGCUAUUGCGCGGCCUUACUGUGAGUGAAAAGGAUGGUGAUCUUGAGACUUGUUGCAGAGCUGCUAGUGUUCUCUCUCAUAUAUUAAAAGACAAUAUCCAGUGCAAGGAAAGGGUUUUGCGCAUCGAACUUGAGGCACCCAUGCCAUCCAUAGGAGCUUCUGAGCCACUAAUGCACCGGAUGGUGAAAUACAUGGUACUUGCUUCCUCCAUGAAAAGUAAAGAUGGAAUCUCAAGUACAUCAGGAAAUCUGUAUGUUCAACCAAUUAUCUUGAAAUUGCUGGUCACCUGGCUAGCUGAAUGCCCUAGUGCAGUGCAUUGCUUCUUAGAUUCACGUCCCCACCUUACAUAUCUGCUGGAGUUGGUGUCAAAUUCCUCUGCUACGGUAUGCAUAAGGGGUUUGGCAGCAUGUCUCUUGGGAGAAUGUGUAAUUUACAAUAAAUCCAUUGAUAGUGGAAAGGAUGCAUUCACAGUAGUUGAUACCAUAGGCCAGAAACUUGGGCUUACAUCAUACUUCAUGAAGUUCGAUGAGAUGCAGAAAAGCUUCCUUUUUACCUCUGCAAAGUCAGCCCAGCCUCGCAAACCUUUGACAAGAUCUACUGCUGCUAGUAUGGCAGAGAUUGAAGAUGUUGAUGAGAGGAAUUUGUCUGAUCAGAAAGAUUUGGACCAUCCAAUUCUGUCGGCAAUCUUUGAUGCUCAAUUUGCAAACCUUGUUAAGAGUUUGGAAGCAGACAUCAGAGAAAGCGUUGUUGAUGUCUAUAGUCACCCAAAGAGCAAGGUGGCAGUGGUGCCAGCAGAAUUGGAGCAGAGAAGUGGGGAAAGUGAUGGGGAGUAUAUCAAGCGGCUGAAAGCAUUUGUGGAGAAGCAGUGCUCCGAGAUACAGGACCUUCUUAGUCGGAAUGCACUUUUGGCUGAGGACCUCGCAAAAACAGGUGGAGGUGGUUAUUCACUGCCUGAGCAGAGAGUAAGUGGUGCCUUGGAUAGAGUCCAGGUGGAGACUCUCCGAAGAGAUCUUCAAGAAGCAUCUCAACGGUUGGAGAUGCUCAAAGCAGAGAAAGCCAAUAUUGAAUCUGAGGCAUCCAUGUAUCAAAAUUUAGCUGGGAAGAUGGAAUCCGAUCUGAAGAGCCUAUCUGAUGCUUAUAACAGUCUUGAACAGGCCAACAUCCAUCUGGAAAAGGAGGUGAGAGCUAUGAAGAGUGGAGGGCCGUCAACGUUUCCAGAUGUUGAGGUGAUAAGGGCUGAGGCAAGGGAAGAAGCCCAGAAGGAGAGUGAGGCAGAACUGAAUGAUUUGCUUGUGUGCCUUGGGCAAGAACAGAGCAAGGUUGACAAAUUAAGUGCAAGGUUGCUGGAGUUGGGAGAGGACGUUGACAAACUGCUUGAAGGUAUUGGGGAUGAAAGUGGACUGCCUGAAGAUGUUGACGAGGAGGAAGAUUGAUUCUCUCUCUCUCUCUCUCUCUCUCUCUCUCUAUAUAUAUAUAUAUAUAUAUGGUCAUUUCAAUUUUCUCCCACCACCCCCAAGCUUCUUAAAAAAUAUGCCUUAGUCUCUCAUUGUUGUCUUUUGCAUAGGUUUGCUUUUGUUUUCCCCUUGUUUAAUUGUAAUUCCUCCUCGAACCAUGAAACCACCAUCUCUUAAUGUGUAAAUUAAUGUUGACUGGCGUUAA